GGACAAAAAACAAAAGCAAAUAUAAAACGCUCAGCUGUAAGAGAGGUUCAGCAAAGAAUCCUCUCAGGAGUUUAAGUUUGAUUUUUAUCUAUGUGCCUCAGUCUUUAAACAAAGAGCUGCAGAACAAGAGCCUUGCUUCAAGCAGAAUGAAAGAUCAUAAAUUCCUCUCUCUGGGAUGUAUCUUCUUGUCCCUGCUAUUUUUUCAGCAGACAUGGGCUCAAUUUCCAAGAGAGUGUGCCACCAUUGAAGCUUUGAGAAAUGGUGUGUGUUGCCCAGAUCUGUCUGCACUGUCUGGGCCUGGAACUGACCUCUGUGGCUCCUCAUCAGGGAGGGGCAGGUGUGAAGCAGUGACUGCAGACUUCCGACCCCACAGUCCCCUGUACCCACAUGAUGGCAGAGAUGAUCGAGAGAGAUGGCCCACACGGUUCUUCAAUAGGACAUGCCACUGCAAUGGCAACUUCUCAGGACACAACUGUGGGACCUGCCGUCCCGGAUGGAGAGGAGCUGCCUGUGACGAAAGGAUUCUCACAGUCAGGAGAAACCUUCUGGACUUAAGUACAGAAGAAAAGAAGUACUUUGUCCAGGCCCUGGAUAUGGCAAAGCGAACAACUCACCCUCAGUUUGUCAUUGCCACCAGGAGAUCAGAAGAAAUAUUGGGGCCAGAUGGCAACACACCACAAUUUGAGAACAUUUCCAUUUAUAACUACUUUGUUUGGACACACUAUUAUUCAGUCAAGAAGACUUUCCUUGGGGCAGGACAGAAAAGCUUUGGUGAAGUGGAUUUCUCCCAUGAAGGACCAGCUUUUCUCACAUGGCACAGGUAUCACCUACUGCAGUUGGAGAGAGACAUGCAGGAAAUGCUACGGAAUCCUUCUUUCUCUCUUCCUUACUGGAAUUUUGCAACUGGGAAGAACACCUGUGACAUCUGCACCGAUGACUUGAUGGGAUCGAGAAGCAACUUCGAUUCCAAUCUUAUAAGCCCGAACUCUGUCUUUUCUCAAUGGAGAGUGGUCUGUGAAUCCUUGGAAGAUUAUGAUACUCUAGGAACCCUUUGUAACAGCACUGAGGGUGGACCAAUUAGGAGAAACCCAGCUGGAAAUGUGGCUAGACCAAUGGUGCAACGUCUUCCUGAACCACAGGAUGUCAUUCAGUGCUUGGAAGUUGGUUUAUUUGACACGCCUCCUUUUUAUUCUAAUUCUACAAACAGUUUCCGAAACACAGUAGAAGGUUACAGUGAUCCCACAGGAAAGUAUGACCCUGCUGUUCGAAGCCUUCACAAUUUGGCUCAUCUAUUCUUGAAUGGAACAGGGGGACAAACCCAUUUAUCUCCAAAUGAUCCUAUUUUUAUCCUCCUGCAUACUUUCACUGAUGCACUCUUUGAUGAAUGGCUGAGGAGAUAUAAUGCUGAUAUAUCCGUAUUUCCACUGGAAAAUGCCCCUAUUGGACAUAAUAGACAAUACAAUAUGGUACCAUUCUGGCCUCCAAUUACCAACACAGAAAUGUUUGUUACUGCUCCAGACAAUCUGGGAUAUACUUACGAAGUUCAAUGGCCAAGUCGGAAUUUUAGUAUUUCUGAGAUUGUUACCAUAGCAGUAAUUGCUGCUUUAUUACUGGUUGCAGUAAUUUUUGGUGGUGCUUCUUGUCUGAUUCGUGCCAAAAACAAAAGGGAUGAAGCAAAUCAGCCUCUCCUCACUGAUCAGUAUCGACACUACGCUGAAGAAUAUGAAACGAUCCAGAAUCAUAAUCAGUCUAUGGUCUAAACUAUAAAAGACCUAUUUUCUUAUGCAUUAGUAUCACAAAAUUCCUGGUUGAGUUACUAACUGUAUCUUCUUUUACUGUUACUUUCUUCUUUAAGCAUUCAAAUGUUGAAAUUAAAGCUCUAGAUGUUAUUUUCCAGAGCUGGAAAGA